CUUCUUCUUCACAACCUAAUCAUCUCACGUUUCCCCAAAACCCCAGCCCAUGCUCAUCCUCUCCCAAAUUACCUGCUACACUUUCCUGUCUUCUUCUCCAUCUUACAAUCCCUGUAGCUUUCACAAUCAUAUCAAUAUUCAACACCACGCAGGCUUCCAUUGGAUGCAAACAAGAAGCAGCAAGAUCUUUUAAUCAUGAAUAUGGUAUAGUUUUUAAGCAUUAAGAUGGAAGAUCCAGAAUCAGAAUGGAAGAUUCAAGAAUAUUCAUCUUCUGAAGAAGAUGAUGAAGAUGAUAAACCUACUGUGGUGAGACGGAUCUUGAGCAACGGAUAUGUGAUCGGAAAAGAGUUCGUAAUCACCGGGAUCUUCAUCUCAUCUGCACCACUAGUUGUUCCACCACUCGUAGUUGUUUCAGCCAUUGGGUAUGCCUUUACAGUUCCCUUUGGGGUUCUUUUUGCAAGCUAUGCCUGCACUAAUAAGAUCAUGAGCAUGUUGCUACCAACCCCAUCAUCGCCACUGAGGCUGGAAUAUUAUAGUGGUGAAGUUCAACAAGAAGAUGAUGACUGUAAAUUAGGGUUAGGGUUAGAUGUUGUUGUUGAAACAAAUGAAGGUGAUUAUGGUGCAGAAGUUGAUGAUUUUGUUACAGAGAGAGAGGACAAUGAACUAGUGGAGGAUGUGAAUCAAGAGGUUCAUGAGACAGAGAUGGUGUUCGAGUUGGGUGAUGAUUAUAGACAACCAGAUGAUUAUGGUCCAGAAGUAGAGGGUUAUGUUACAGAUAAAGAGGACAAUGAACUAGUGGAGGAUGUGAAUCAAGAGGUUGAGACUGAGAUCGUAUUCGGUUUUGGUGAUGAUUAUAGACAAGAAGGGGAAACUUUGAUUGCGAACGUGGACGAAGAUGUGGAUGAAAGGGAAAUGGAAAUGGAAAUGGAAAUGGAAGAUGAUAUGCUUCAAAGAGUAAAUGACACCGAGGAGAAAGAAAGAGAGCCGAUGGAGGAUGUAAAGCAAGGAGUCGAGCUGAGGCCGUGUUUUGACGUGGCCGGUCAUGAUGAUCAAGGGUACGAGGAGGAUGCUGGAGAGUAUCUAGAGGGAAAUGAUGAUGGUUUAGAGGAAGAACCGAAGGGGGAGGUCGAUGAAAGCGAAAGUGAUACACAGGAAGUGAAUGAAGAUGCAAUGUUAAGGGACGAAGGAUGGGUUGAUAAUACGGUUGAAGAUGAUUGCAUUGUUAGUGAAAGUGCUUCUGAUGUAGCUUUUGGAGAUGUUGAGGAUGUAGGGACGACCAUACCGGUUACAAGUGGAAGUGCUUCUAAUGUAGUUUUUGGAGAUGUUAAGGAUGUAGGGGCAACCAUACCGGUUACAAGUGGAAGUGCUUCUGAUGUAGAUUUUGGAGAUGCUAAGGAUGUUGAAACUACCAAACCGUUUACAAGUGGAAGUGCUUCUAAUGUAGUUUUUGAUGAUGUUAAGGAUGUUGAAACAACUAAAUCAGUUACAAAUGAAAGUGUUUCUGACGUAGUUUUUGGAGAUAUCAAGGAUGUUGAAACAACCAAACAGGUUACAAGUGAAAGUGCUUCUGAUGUAGUUUCUGGAGAUGUUAAGGAUGUUGGGUCAACCAAACCGAUUACAAGUGAAAAUGCUUUCAAUGUAGUUUUUGGAGAUGAUACAGAUGUUGAAACAACCGAACCGGUUACAGUUAUAGAGAUCGAGUCGGAGAAACUUGUAGAGAAAGGAAGUAAGAAUGACGAGCCUGUAGGUGAGAUGCGCCAUGUUGUGAUUUUAUCGGACGGAAAUGAAGAAAAUAAUUUUAAUUCACGAGUAGUAGACGAGUUGGAUCUGGUGGCAAGAGAAGUGGUAGGAGAUGCCAACGAAUAUGAAAGGAGCAUCGAGUCUGAUGAAAAGGUACUCAGAGAAAGUAUGGGAACUCAGGAGAACAAUGGUGGUGAUGCAUCUACGGAUGGAAGCGAAGAUGCCAUCAUGAGAACAAUGGAAGAACAUUUGAUUCAUUCAAAUGCAGAUGCACAGGAAAUCGGGGAGGAGAACAAUAAUUUGGAAGUUGGUAAUGAAGUGAAGGAAAAUGCUGCUGAUGACAGUGUAAAAUAUACGGACAAGGAAAAUGCUGCUGAUGACAAUGGUAAUGAAGUGAAGGAAAAUGUUUCUGAUGAUGUCUUGGAGCGCACACCCUCAAAACACAACACGGACAAUGCAAAGGUCGUGUAUAAGAAAAUGCCAUCCAGAGAGGAUAAUUUGGAUGAUGAGAAGAUUUGGGAAAAAAUUGGGGCAUUGAGGACAAUAGUGGGAUACCAAACCCCUAGUCAGCCAACGUGUAUAGGGGAACUAAAGGCUCUUUAUGUGUUUACGGGUGUUGAGCCACCAGCCUCAUUCGAAGGUGAUUCAGAUCUGGAUGCUAAGCUCAAGUUCCUCAUGGCGAUUGUGGGAGUCAAGUAACUAGUGCCUGUCGAGUGCCGGAAUGUGUACCUUGUUCUAUUCUUGUUGCUUGGUUUUAGAACUCUCCAUAAAUUGGACUGCUGGUUUGUCUACAUAAUGUUCGUUACUUUGAUUAGUUAUGACUUGUGUGUUUGAAUCUUUCAGUUAUAUGUUUGAACUUCUUGUGGGUGAUUUUAUAAUAUAUAAUAUGGUAUGGGGUUUUAUCA